AGCACUGUCUACUACAAUCUUCCAGGAGCAAGAAUCCGUGUCGGGUCUUGGUUGCAUCUUAUUUUGUUCUGUGUUUUUUUCACAUUUGAAGUCAGAUUUAGUGCUGCAGCAUCACUGACUUUCAGGUGCAGGCAGUAGAGACUACAAUAGGUACUCUCUCUCCUCGAUCACAAGUCUUUUCCCCACAUUGUAAAUAGAGCAAGUCCAGGCAUUAGAAAGCUGAACUGAACAGGACUCGACCGGAGCACUUUUUUCAGGAUUAACUGUGCACCCGUGCUGUUCGUAUGAUAUUUUGGUUUACCAGAUUGGCUUCUUGAGACUCUUCAAAAGGACCAGAAGAGGCCUGUGCUGUUGACGAUCAUCAUUCCUGGAGAAAAGAACUACUCAGAGGGAUCUGACUGCCCUGAACCAAAUAUGCUUACAUUAGAAAACUAAAGUGGGCGUGCUUAACACCUAUCAAAACAUCAUCUGCAACAGUUAAAUGACUUUGGUUCAUCAUCAGCGUCAACAAUGAAAGGGUUAUCAAGUAGCAGAAGCCACCAUCAAACGGUCACAUGUGACCCUUCCUAUGACUCUCUGAUACAUCAUCCAGACCGGAAGCCAUAUUUGUUAACCCAAGUGGAUGCACACCCUGCCGACCACCCCUACUAUGCCCAAAGGAACUCUUUGCAAACAGAAUGCAUGAUGCCCUACAACGACCAGCUAGCUAGCAGCACCUUCCCCAGGAGGCACUACAGCUCCCAUCAUGAACUCAAGAACGAGAGUGCCAUGGUUCCGCAUGGCGUACCCAACAAGGGUAACCACAUUCCUGCCAACCUUUUGGAACAGAUUGAACGGCAGAUUCCCAUUAACCGUGAUGGUUACCACACUCUCCAGUACAAGAGGACUGCGGUGGAGCACCGUAGUGAUAGCCCGGGGAGGAUACGGCACUUGGUUCAUUCUGUUCAAAAGCUCUUCACAAAGUCUCACUCCCUCGAGGGGCCUUCCAAAGGAAGCAUAAAUGGCAACAAGGCCAGCCCAGAUGAGCCCCCCACUGUUAAACAUGGGAAGCGCAGUAAGAGCAAGGACAGGGGUAAGAUAGAGGUGAAGCCCAGGUCAAAUAUCGCAGGCUGGUGGAGUUCUGAUGACAAUUUGGACAACGAUGUCUGUCUUUAUCAUGGUUCUGCUGGUCUCAUGACCAUGGGUAGAUGUCCAGACCGCUCUACCUCCCAGUACUUUAUGGAAGCCUACAACAAUAUCAGUGAACACACCCUUAAAACAUCCAGGAGCAAUAAUGAUGUAAAAUGUACUACCUGCGCAAGUAUCCCCAUUAACAUCGAUGCACAACUCAUGAAGAAAAGCUCAUGGUCAUCAACUCUUACGGUGAGCAGAGCACGUGAAGUCUACCAGAAGGCCUCUGUAAAUGUAGAUAAAACUGUAAUGAAAUCUGAGACUUGUCAGCAGGAACGGUCAUGCCAGUACUUGCAGGUUCCUCAAGAUGAAUGGACCGGCUUUAAUUCCCUCGGCAAAGAUGAUGAAAUCCCAUGUCGCCGGAUGCGCAGCGGCAGUUACAUAAAAGCCAUGGCAGAUGAUGACAGUGGCGACUCUGACACCAGCCCAAAGCCAUCUCCCAAGAUUCAAGCACGGAGGGCAAGCUAUCUGAAAGCCACCCAGCCAUCCUUGACAGAAAUGACCACUCUCAAGAUAUCAACUGCGCAUUCUCCAAAACUCCAGAUCCGGAGUCACAGCUACCUGAGGGCAGUGAGUGAAGUUUCAAUCAAUAGGAGUUUGGACAGACUGGACCCUGCAGGGCUGCUCACCUCUCCUAAAUUCAGAUCACGAAAUGAGAGCUACAUGAGAGCCAUGAGCACCAUCAGUCAGGUGAGUGAGGUGGAGGUGAACGGCCAGUUCGAGUCAGUCUGCGAAUCCGUGUUCAGCGAGAUGGAGUCUCAGGCGGUGGAUGCUUUGGAUCUUCCAAUGCCGGGCUGCUUUCGCAUGAGGAGCCACAGCUAUGUGAGGGCCAUCGAGAAGGGCUGCUCUCAGGAUGACGAGUGUCUGUCACUCCGGACCGCCUCUCCACCGCGCACAACCACGACAGUGAGGACCAUUCAGAGCAGCACUGUGUCAUCAUGCAUUACCACGUACAAGAAGACACCUCCCCCAGUCCCCCCGAGGACGACGACCAAGCCCUUCAUCUCGAUCACGGCCCAGAGCAGCACCGAGUCAGCCCAGGAUGCCUACAUGGACGGGCAGGGGCAGCGUGGGGACAUCAGCCAGUCUGGCCUCAGCAACUCCACAGAGAGCAUAGACAGUAUGAAAGCCUUGACGGCUGCCAUCGAGGCAGCCAACGCCCAGGUCCAUGGCCCUGCCAGCCAGCAUGUGAGCAACAGCACCGUUACAAUCACGUCCACCUCCGUCAUAGCCAGCGAGGAAAGUGCACACCUCUCAGAGGAGAGCAAGAAAGAAGUGCUGAGGAAAAGCCAGUGCUUAUCCAUCGGAAUACAGGUUGAUGGACCUGACGAUUCACCUUAUGUGGAAGAAAACUAUUUUUCAAAUAAGUUUCAGUCGGUGGGGAUCCAAGUUGAGGAGGAGAGGUGCUCUCGCAGGUUCACUCGAUCUAAUAGUGUGACAACAGCGGUCCAGGCAGAUCUUGGAGCGAUCUUGGAUGGACUGGUAGAAUCUCCGGAGACAGAACCCCCCCCCUCCAGCUCAGUGUCCAGGCAGUUUUCCCGGGAUGCCAGCACCUCCACUGUCAGCAUCCAGGGUUCAGGGAACCACUACCAUGCCUGCGCUGUGGACAACGACUUGGACACCGGAUUCGACCCCUCCAUCCUGCCGCCCCCGGACCCCUGGAUCGACACCGUCACUGAGGACCCUAUGGAGGUGGUCCAGAGGUCUGUGUGCCACAGGGACGGUGGCUGGUUUCUGAAGCUGCUGCAGGCAGAGACAGAUCGAAUGGAAGGCUGGUGCCAGCAAAUGGAGAGAGAUGAGCGUGAGAAUGACCUGCCUGAUGAAAUUUUAGGAAAAAUCCGGAGUGCAGUGGGUAGUGCCCAGCUGUUAAUCUCCCAGAAAUUCCAGCAGUUCAGGGAGCUGUGUGAAGAGAACUUGAAUCCCAAUGCACAUCCUCGGCCUACGUCUCAGGAUUUAGCAGGCUUCUGGGACAUGCUGCAGCUGUCAAUAGAAAACAUCAGUUUGAAAUUCGAUGAACUUCACCAGCUCAAAGCAAACAACUGGAAGCCAUUAGAGGUUCCUGAAAAGAAGGAGAGAAGGAUGCCUCCUCCUGUGCCAAAAAAACCCCUGAAAUGUUACCCUCCCCUGGCAAGGGACAGGUCCCUGGAAAGCACUGAAAAGCAGCGGCAAGAGGCAAGGAAAAGAUUGAUGGCUGCCAAGAGAGCCGCAUCCGUGCGACAGAAUUCAGCCACCGAGAGCGCAGACAGCAUUGAGAUCUACAUCCCUGAGGCCCAGACCCGCCUGUGAACCCCACACUCUACACGUACACGUACACACACAAAGAAACAAGGACUGGGUGCUUGUGAUAUACUCACUAUUCCAGGUCCUUCUACAGGAAAAAAUAAAGUUUAGUAUCCCUUUUACCUUUUCUCGUUCUCUCUCUCUGAUCACUCGCACAAGGAUCAGGUUUAUUUCCACCAACGUGAUGUAGUUGUUGGCUCACCCUCUCCCUCGAAGGUGUUGAGUGACUCUGCUUCUUAAAGAGUAAGUAAUGUUACAACAUCCCUGCGUGUUGUUACUGUUUAAAUAACAUACCUGUAAUUUUUUAUUUAAUUGUUAAUAUCCUGACAA